AAUUGAGCUGGUGACAAACUCAAUCUGUCGGAAACCUUGGCUACCUGGUGCCGCGUAGAGAGGAAACUUACGGCGGAUGCCCAUUUUACGCGCCUCCAGCUAGAGGGGCCUGGGCUACAAAUACACACACACACAACGCACAGCAGAGAAUCGGAGUUUUUAGUUUUGAUCUGAUAAACCACCAUGUCGUCCGGCUACCCAAACAACAACAACCGCUGGGGCCUCAAUUACAAUUCCCCCCCUCCACCUUCAACCCAAUCUUCUUCUUCCCCCUCAGCUCCAUACCAAUCCCACCCUCCUCCUCCUCAACACGCAUCCGCUCCCUACGCAACACCACCCAAUCAACCCCAACCCUCCCCCUACUCCUCCGCUCCCUACGCAUCUGCCCCUUACGCCUUCCCCCCCAACCACUCCCAAUCUUCCCAUUUCACAUCACCUCCUCCCUCCUAUACUCAACACGCAUCCGCUCCCUACGCAUCCCCCUAUCAUCAGGCCAGCCCUAAUAAAGACCAACACGCCUACGGGAGUCCGUUUGCAGCAGGGCUAGUGCCGUCGAGUUUUCCGCCGGGCACGGAUCCCAAUGUGAUCAGCUGUUUUCAGUUGGCGGAUAGGGAUGCCAGUGGGUUUAUUGAUGAUUUGGAGCUCCAGAAAGCCUUGACCACCUACCGGGAAAGCUUUAGCUUGAGGACUGUCCGGCUCCUCAUGUAUCACUUCACUAAUUCCAGCUCUCGAAGAAUCGGGCCCAAGGAAUUUACUGCUGUGUUUUACAGUCUUCAGAACUGGAGGGCGAUUUUUGAGAGAUUUGAUAGGGACCGGAGUGGGAAGAUAGAUGCUUCUGAGUUGAGAGAGGCGUUAUUGAGUCUUGGAUUUGCAGUGUCACCUGCGAUACUGGAUUUGUUGGUGUCCAAGUUUGACAGGACGGGUGGAAUGAACAAGGCUAUUGAAUAUGACAACUUCAUCGAGUGCUGCCUGACUGUGAAGGGACUUACAGAGAAGUUCAAGGAGAAAGAUACUGCUUAUGUGGGGUCAGCAACAUUCACUUACGAAGCUUUCAUGCUCACUGUUUUACCUUUCCUCAUUGCUUAGGAAGUUAUGUAGAGCUUUUUCUUGGUGUGGUAUGAUCUUAAAUGAUGCUUGGAUAGUGGUCGUAAUUAUCUGUUGGAUGUAAAAAAAUAUUAUGGCUGCUGCAACUGGUUAGUCUCAUUGCGUGUAUCACUUGAAUGUCCGUUUGUAAAUCACCCGACAGAGGAGAACCUAGACCUACUUGAUUAGCUGAACUGCUUCUCCUCCUUUGCCUCAUCUUAUAAAACCCUUGUGGAAAUUAGUUGGCUAGUUGAAUUUCUGGUAUGUGGAUUGACUAUGAUUUGUUAUUUGGCAAGUUUAGGCUUUGCUAUAAGUCGAUCACAUCUUUUAUCUUUGCUAGUA